AUGAGAGCGAUCAAUGCCGAAUCAACGAUCGAUGCUUUGAAUAAAAUCUUCGUGGUGUGGGGAUAUCCGUUGACCAUACAAAGCGAUAACGGGCCACCUUUUCAAAGCGAUCUAUUCGUAAAGACGUGGCAGAACAGAGGCAUUGCGAUUCAAAAGUCAAUUCCAAUGAGCCCCCAAUCUAAUGGGGCAAUUGAAAGACAAAAUCAGGGCAUAAAAAAAGCUCUGGCUGCCUCCAAAUUGGACAACUGCAACUGGCGAAUUGCACUUGAGAGAUAUGUGCAUAAUCAUAACAAAGUGCGUCCUCUAUCGCGGCUAGGAGUCACGCCAUUUGAAUUGCUUGUCGGGUGGAAGUAUCGGGGAACGUUUCCUUGCCUAUGGGAAGCCAACUCUGACAACAAUCUAGAUCGCGAGGAAAUAAGAGAGAAAGAUGCCUUUUCGAAGCAAGAGAGCAAGAGAUAUACUGAUUCAAGACGAGGAGCUAAGGAAUCGAACCUGACCGUAGGGGACACAGUAGUUCUUGUGCAACAGAAGCGGCUUAAAUCUGAUCCAACUUUCGGCACAGAAAAAUACACGAUUUUGGCCAGAGAUGGCGCCAAACUUGUUGUUCGAAGCGAUCGAGGAGUAGUGUACUCGCGCAAUGUUGAGGAUGCCAAGAGGGCUACUCGGGACACACCCGACGAGACCACGCCGGGUCCAACAGACAAACCGAUGUUAGAUCUUCCAGAUCCCGACGAACCGCUAACAGGUCACACAAGUAACGAUACUUUUAAAGAGCGGCGCAGUAGGUUAUAA